GAGGGCAGGGCGCUGCAUGCAUGAGACCCGCAGACCCUUGCAAGCUGGAUGCCCUCUGUGGAUGAAAGAUGUAUCAUGGAAUGAACCCGAGCAAUGGAGAUGGAUUUCUAGAGCAGCAGCAGCAGCAGCAGCCGCCGCCGCAGCCUCAGUCCCCCCAGAGACUCCUGGCGGUGAUCCUGUGGUUUCAGCUGGCGCUGUGCUUCGGCCCUGCGCAGCUCACGGGCGGGUUCGAUGAACUUCACGUGUGUGCUGACCCAGGUGUCCCGGAGAAUGGCUUCAGGACCCCCAGUGGAGGGGUUUUCUUUGAAAGCUCUGUAACCCGAUUUCACUGCCAAGACGGAUUCAAGCUGAAGGGCUCUACAAAGAGACUGUGUAUGAAACAUCUUAAUGGAACCCUAGGCUGGAUCCCAAGUGAUAAGACCAUCUGUGUGCAAGAAGAUUGCCGUAUCCCUCAAAUUGAAGAUGCUGAGAUUCAUAACAAGACGUAUAGACAUGGAGAUAAGUUAAUCAUCACUUGUCACGAAGGAUUCAAGAUCCGUUACCCCGACCUGUACAACAUGGUUUCACUAUGUCACGAUGAUGGGACGUGGGAUAACCUGCCCAUUUGUCAAGGUUGCCUGAGACCUCUAGCCUCCUCCAAUGGCUACGUGAACAUCUCUGAGUUCCAGACCUCCUUCCCAGUGGGGACUGUGAUCUCCUAUCGCUGCUUCCCUGGAUUCAAACUCGAGGGGUCUGAAUAUCUUGAGUGCUUACACAACCUUAUCUGGUCGUCCAGCCCACCCCGGUGCCUUGCUCUGGAAGUCUGUCCUCUACCUCCAAUGGUGAGUCACGGUGAUUUCAUCUGCCACCCGCGGCCUUGCGAGCGCUACAACCACGGAACUGUGGUGGAGUUUUACUGCGAUCCCGGCUACAGCCUCACCAGUGACUACAAGUACAUCACCUGCCAGUACGGAGAGUGGUUUCCUUCCUACCAAGUCUACUGCAUCAAAUCAGAGCAAACAUGGCCCAGCACCCAUGAGACCCUCCUGACCACGUGGAAGAUCGUGGCAUUCACGGCAACCAGCGUGCUGCUAGUACUGCUGCUUGUGAUCCUGGCAAGGAUGUUCCAGACCAAGUUCAAGGCCCACUUCCCCCCCAGGGGGCCUCCCAGGAGUUCAAGCAGUGACCCCAACUUCGUGGUGGUGGACGGCGUGCCCGUCAUGCUCCCAUCCUACGAUGAGGCUGUGAGUGGUGGCUUGAGUGCCUUAGGCCCUGGAUACCUGGCCUCCGUGGGCCAGGGCUGCCCCUUACCUGUGGAUGACCAGAGCCCGCCAGCAUACCCUGGCUCAGGGGACAUGGACACGGGUCCAGGGGAGUCAGAAACCUGUGACAGCAUCUCAGGCUCUUCCGAGCUGCUCCAGAGUCUAUAUUCACCCUCCAUGUGCCAAGAGGGCACCCACCCUGCUUCUGACAACCCUGACACAAUUGCUAGCACGGUGGGGGAGGUGGCAUCCACCAGCCCAGGCAUCGACAUUGCAGAUGAGAUCCCUCUAAUGGAAGAAGAUCCCUAA